AUGGCAGGGGCCUGGCUCAGGUGGGGGCUCCUGCUCUGGGCAGGGUUGCUCGCGUCCUCGGUGCACUGCCGGGUGCGGAGGAUCACGUACGUGGUGCGCCCGGGCCCCGGCCUGGCGGCGGGCGCCUUGCCCCUGGGCGGGCCCCAGCGCCCGCGGACCUUCAACGUCGCGCUCAACGCCAGGUACAGCCGUAGCUCGGCGGGCGCCGGGGCCCCCUCGGAGCGGACUCGGCGUACCAGCCCGCCCGGCGGCGCGGCCCUGCAGGGGCUCCGGCCGCCGCCACCGCCACCGCCACCGCCGGAGCCGGCGCGUCCCGGGGGCUCCGGCGGGCAGCUCCACCCCAAGCCUGGCGGUCACCCGGCGGCCGCCCCGUUCGCCAAACAAGGCAGGCAAGCGGUGCGCUCCAAAGUGCCGCAGGAGACCCAGAGCGGCGGGGGCUCGAGGCUGCAGGUUCACCAGAAGCAGCAGCUGCAGGGGGUCAAUGUCUGUGGAGGGCAGUGCUGCCAUGGCUGGAGUAAGGCCCCUGGCUCCCAGAGAUGCACCAAACCAAGCUGUGUUCCUCCAUGUCAGAAUGGAGGGAUGUGUCUCCGGCCUCAACUCUGUGUGUGUAAACCAGGGACCAAGGGCAAAGCCUGUGAGACAACAGCUGCCCAGGACACCUCGUCACCAGUGUUUGGAGGGCAGAGUCCUGUGGCUGCUUCCUCCUGGGUCCCUCCUGAGCAAGCAGCAAAGUACACUUCAUCUAAGAAGGCAGACACUCUACCAAGAGUCAGUCCUGUGGCCCAGAUGACCUUGACCCUCAAGCCGAAGCCUUCAGUGGGACUCUCCCAGCAAAUACAUUCUCAAGUGACACCCCUUUCCUCACAGAAUGUGAUGAUUCAUCAUGGCCAUGCCCAGGAAUAUGUGCUCAAGCCCAAGUACUUUGCAGCUCAGAAGGUGAUUUCGGGAGAGCAGUCUACUGAAGGUUCAUUCCCUUUAAGAUUUGGGCACGAUCAUAUGGCAGCACCUUUUCAGUUGAGUAACCACACUGGCCGCAUCAAGGUGGUCUUUACUCCGAGCAUCUGUAAAGUGACCUGCACCAAGGGCAGCUGUCAGAACAGCUGUGAGAAGGGGAACACCACCACUCUUAUUAGUGAGAACGGUCACGCUGCCGACACCCUGACAGCCACGAACUUCCGAGUGGUAAUUUGCCAUCUUCCAUGUAUGAAUGGAGGCCAAUGCAGUUCAAGGGACAAAUGCCAGUGCCCUCCAAAUUUCACAGGGAAGCUUUGUCAGAUUCCAGUCCAUGGUGCUGGCGUGCCUAAACUUUAUCAGAAUUCCCAGCAGUCAGGCAAGGCGUUGGGAACACAUGUUGUCCACUCAACACAUACUUUGCCUCUGACCAUGACCAGCCAGCAAGGAGUCAAAGUGAAAUUUCCUCCUAACAUAGUCAAUAUCCAUGUGAAGCACCCUCCUGAGGCCUCAGUCCAGAUACAUCAGGUUUCAAGAGUUGAUGGCCCAACAGGCCAGAAGGUAAAAGAAGCUCAACCAGGCCAGUCCCAAGUCUCUUACCAAGGGCUUCCUGUCCAGAAGACUCAGACGGUCCAUUCCUCAUACUCGCACCAGCAAGUCAUUCCUCACGUGUAUCCAGUGGCUGCUAAGACGCAGCUUGGCCGGUGCUUCCAGGAGACUGUUGGGUCGCAGUGUGGCAAAGCGCUUCCUGGCCUUUCAAAGCAGGAGGACUGCUGUGGAACCGUGGGUACCUCCUGGGGCUUUCAUAAAUGCCAGAAAUGCCCCAAGAAGCCGUCUUAUCAUGGAUAUAAUCAAAUGAUGGAAUGUCUACAAGGUUAUAAACGGGUUAACAACACCUUUUGUCAAGAUAUUAAUGAAUGCCAACUACAGGGUGUGUGCCCUAAUGGUGAGUGUUUGAAUACCAUGGGCAGCUAUAGAUGUACCUGCAAAAUAGGAUUUGGGCCAGAUCCUACCUUUUCAAGUUGUGUUCCGGAUACCCCUGUGAUCUCUGAGGAGAAAGGGCCCUGUUACCGACUUGUCAGUUCCGGAAGGCAGUGUAUGCACCCCCUGUCUGUUCAUCUCACCAAGCAGCUCUGCUGUUGUAGUGUGGGCAAGGCCUGGGGCCCACACUGUGAGAAAUGUCCCCUUCCAGGCACAGCUGCUUUUAAGGAAAUCUGUCCUGGUGGAAUGGGUUAUACGGUAUCUGGCGUUCAUAGACGCAGGCCAAUCCAUCACCAUGUAGGUAAAGGACCUGUAUUUGUCAAGCCAAAGAACACUCAACCUGUUGCUAAAAGUACUCAUCCUCCACCUCUCCCAGCCAAGGAAGAGCCAGUGGAGGCCCUGACCUUCUCCCGGGAACAGGGGCCAGGAGCGGCGGAGCCAGGAGUGGCAACUGUACCUCCUGAGAAGGAAAUACCUUCAUUGGAUCAAGAGAAAACCAAACUUGAGCCUAGUCAACCCCAGCUCUCUCCAGGCAUUUCCACUAUUCAUCUGCAUCCGCAGUUUCCAGUAGUGAUUGAAAAAACAUCACCUCCUGUGCCUGUGGAAGUAGCUCCUGAAGCUUCAACAUCAAGCGCCAGCCAAGUCAUUGCACCUACUCAAGUAACAGAAAUCAAUGAAUGUACUGUGAACCCCGAUAUCUGUGGAGCAGGACACUGCAUUAACCUACCGGUGAGGUAUACCUGUAUAUGCUAUGAUGGCUACAAGUUCAGUGAGCAACAGAGGAAAUGUGUUGAUAUUGAUGAAUGCGCUCAGGCCCAACACCUCUGCUCCCAGGGACGCUGUGAAAACACUGAGGGAAGUUUCUUGUGUAUUUGCCCAGCAGGGUUCAUGGCCAGUGAGGAGGGUACUAACUGCAUAGAUGUUGAUGAGUGCCUGAGGCCAGACGUCUGUGGGGAAGGGCACUGCGUCAAUACCGUGGGGGCCUUUCGGUGUGAAUACUGCGACAGCGGGUACCGCAUGACCCCCGCAGGCCAUUGCGAGGAUGUUGAUGAAUGUUUGACUCCAAGUACUUGUCCAGAUGAGCAGUGUGUGAAUUCUCCUGGAUCUUACCAGUGUGUUCCCUGCACGGAAGGGUUCCGAGGCUGGAGUGGGCAGUGUCUUGAUGUGGAUGAAUGCCUGGAACCAGAUAUCUGCACAAAUGGUACUUGCUCCAACCUCGAAGGAUCCUACAUGUGUUCAUGCCACAAGGGCUAUACCCCAACUCCAGACCACAAGCACUGUAAAGAUGUUGACGAAUGUCAGCAAGGGAAUCUGUGCAUAAAUGGGCAGUGCAAAAACACAGAGGGCUCCUUCAGGUGUACCUGUGGACAGGGCUACCAGCUGUCAGCAACAAAAGACCAGUGUGAAGAUAUCGAUGAAUGCCAGCACCGUCAUCUCUGCAGUAAUGGGCAGUGCAGGAACACGGAGGGCUCCUUCCGCUGUGUUUGUGACCAGGGUUACAGAGCGUCGGCCCUUGGAGACCAUUGUGAAGAUAUCAACGAGUGCUUGGAGGACAAUAGUGUUUGCCAAGGAGGAGACUGCAUUAAUACUGAAGGGUCCUAUGAUUGUACUUGUCCAGAUGGAUUCCAGCUAAAUGACAAUAAAGGAUGUCAAGAUAUUAAUGAAUGUGAACAGCCUGGACUCUGUGGUCCUCAUGGAGAGUGUCUAAACACAGACGGUUCUUUUCACUGCGUCUGCGAGCAGGGUUUCUCAAUCUCUGCAGAUGGACAUACAUGUGAAGAUAUUGAUGAAUGUGUAAACAACACUGUUUGUGACAGUCACGGGUUUUGUGACAAUACAGCUGGCUCCUUCCGCUGCCUUUGUUAUCAGGGCUUUCAGGCCCCACAGGAUGGGCAAGGGUGUGUGGAUGUGAACGAAUGUGAGCUGCUCAGUGGCGUGUGUGGUGAAGCCUUCUGUGAAAAUGUAGAAGGGUCCUUCCUGUGUGUGUGCGUUGAUGAAAACCAGGAGUACAGCCCGAUGACUGGGCAGUGCCGCUCCCGGGCCUCGGCAGACUUAGAAGUAGAUCAACCCAAAGAAGAAAAGAAAGAGUGCUACUAUAAUCUAAACGAUGCCAGUCUUUGUGACAACGUGCUGGCCCCCAAUGUCACCAAACAAGAAUGCUGCUGUACCUCUGGUGCUGGGUGGGGAGAUAACUGUGAGAUUUUCCCCUGCCCGGUCUUGGGGACUGCUGAAUUCACUGAAAUGUGUCCUAGAGGGAAAGGUUUUGUCCCCACUGGAGAAUCCUCUUACGGCGUUGAUGGCGAGAACUAUAAAGAUGCAGAUGAAUGCCUACUUUUUGGACAAGAAAUCUGUAAAAAUGGCUUCUGUUUGAACACUCAGCCUGGUUAUGAAUGCUACUGUAAGCAGGGGACAUACUAUGAUCCCAUCAAAUUGCAGUGCUUUGAUAUAGAUGAGUGUCAAGACCCCAACAGUUGUAUUGAUGGCCAGUGUGUUAAUACAGAAGGCUCUUAUAACUGCUUCUGUACCCACCCCAUGGUCCUGGAUGCUUCGGAAAAAAGAUGUAUCCGACCAACUGAAUCACACGAACAAAUUGAAGAAACCGAUGUUUACCAGGAUCUGUGCUGGGAACAUCUGAGUGAUGAGUAUGUGUGUAGCCGGCCUCUUGUUGGCAAGCAGACAACAUAUACUGAAUGCUGCUGUUUGUAUGGAGAGGCCUGGGGUAUGCAGUGCGCCCUCUGCCCCAUGAAAGAUUCAGAUGACUAUGCCCAGCUGUGUAACAUCCCCGUCAUGGGACGCCGGCAGCCAUAUGGACAGGAUGCCUUGGUCGACUUCAGUGAACAAUACGCUCCCGAAGCUGAUCCCUACUUCAUUCAGGACCGUUUUCUAAAUAGCUUUGAGGAGUUGCAGGCUGAAGAAUGUGGCAUCCUCAACGGCUGUGAAAACGGGCGCUGUGUCAGGGUGCAGGAAGGUUACACCUGCGAUUGCUUUGAUGGGUAUCACUUGGAUAUGGCCAAGAUGACCUGUGUUGAUGUCAACGAAUGUGAUGAGUUGAACAACCGGAUGUCUCUCUGCAAGAAUGCCAAGUGUAUCAACACCGAAGGUUCCUAUAAGUGUGUGUGUCUGCCCGGCUUCGUACCUUCCGACAAGCCAAACUACUGCACUCCAUUGAAUACCGUCUUGAAUUUAGAAAAAGACAGUGACCUGGAGUAA